UAAUUGAUGGAAGAAAAUUUUAAAUAAUCAUUUCAACUGAUCCACAGGUUGUUGAAGAAUCACAAGUAUUAUAAAUUAUAAUAGACUAUCAAUUAACAGAAAUUAAGAAAAUAAAAAAGAAAAAAUAAUCAACUGAAAAGUUAAGAAACUGUUGGAGAAGAAAAAAGGAAAAAGUAAACAAAAGGAGGGAGAGAAAAGGAGAGAGAGAGAGAGAGAGAGAGGGAGAGAGAGAAGAAAAAAAAUAUUCCUCUCUAGGAUUUAAAUAGAAUAGAAUGAAAAUUAUUGAUGAUGAACAGGAUUCGUUGAAAGAUUGUGAUUGAAACAACAAUUAUUAUAUAAAUUGUUAACCAUUUCUCUCUUAAGAUUGGAAAAUUGGAAACUAAUUAUCAUGGGAUUAAUUGGAAAUGAACCUGUAAUUGUUAUUCCCGAUCCUCCAUCACCAAUCUAUGGUUCCGAUCCAUGGGAUGAUUAUUUUGAAUAUUAUGAUAAAAUCCGAGAUGAUGAUGAAUCUUUGCUCACCGAGACGAAGGGUUUUAUUCAGGAUAACAUCUUAAUCGUAGUGAUUUCAAUUGUCUUGACAAUUGUUGCCUUUUGUUGUUGUUGUUAUUUUUCAGUGUUCCUGAUACUAUUCAAGCCGAUUGGAUGGUUUCGAGAUUGGCGAGCUCAAGCUCUUAGGCAACUUGGGAUUUCCCCGCCGGGACAAUAUGAACAUCGAGGCAAAUUGAUCAAAUACCAACCAACAGAGGAAGAGAUUUUCUAUUAUGAAAAGAUUAAAGGUGAAUUAGCAAAUGUCAUCUAG